GGAACCAGUUUGGGCAGAUUUUUCAUCAAUACAAAAGACGAAGUUGUUGUCCCGGGCAGCAGCAAACUGCGGUGAAAGCGAGAGAAAGCGGACACUGAGAGAGACUCGGCGAGACCCAACGGACGCUACCCACAGAGAUGGUACCCGUCGUGCAGGCGCAGCCGAUGGCCGUCGCUCAGACAGUAACCGUGACCCAAGGGAACCAGUGGGCGACCGGGGUCUGUGACUGCUGCGAUGACUGCAGCGUCUGCUGCUUUGCCUUUUGGUGCUUUCCGUGUUUCCAGUGUAGCACCGCCAAUGAUUUUGGAGAAUGUCUCUGCCUUCCGCUGCUGGAACCGGGAUUCCUGGGGGCGUCUUUCGGCGGGUGCAGCGCUCCGAUCAGUGUGGCGAUGAGAGCCGGGGCCAGGGAGCGCUACAGGAUUCAUGGGUCGAUAUGUAAUGACUGCUGCCUGGUCUGCUGGUGUUACUCGUGCGUCUGGUGCCAGCUCGCCCGCGAAAUUAAGAAGCGCAAACAGCAGUUCACCAUCGUAACUGCCCAAACCACCACCACCGGGAUGUCAAUACCGCACCCGCAAUUCAUCCAGUACAAUGUCAAUGCUCCCCGCUACUGAACCCCAAUCUACCCCCUGAACCCCGACUGUCUGAGCAUUAAAUGAAUCCUGAGCAAA